AUGCCCGACAAGGGAGACUCUCGAACCUCUCACGACAAUGCCAUCUACGAAGAUGGAGAACCCCUCGGUCGCCGGACAUCGGCUUUAGAGGAGGUUCCCACGCUAGUGCCUCCUGCUGGUUAUCCCGGUAUGCCAGUAACCCGGAGGAGAAGCACAGCAUCGCACGCCACAGCGGCUGAUGAUGCACAGCCAGAGGAUCUCGCAUCCUUGGUCCGAACAGCUUCAGCAAUUAGUCGCUAUCAAUCGCGGGAUAGACGAGAAUCUCAAGAUCAUGUUUUCGAAUUGCCGACCAUUCAAAGACCCCGCGCCGUCAAGCCAGGGCCUGAAAGCACUAUUCGCGAGGUCCCGUCAACUCUUACCACACCCGUAGCGACACGUCCAUCUUCUCCAGUUUUUGGAAGUACACCAUCAGACUCUGAACUACCUUCAGGGAUGCAAACUCCCGCUGAGCACGAAAUGGGCGUCGGGCAGAUAUAUCCGGAUGUAGGAACCAUUGCCUCAAUGCGAGGAGCAAUGAUUCUGCUGUGCACCUGCGGAGCCCAACUCAUGGACAACGUUUUCAUGACGGGUGUGAACAUAGCGCUUCCAGCCAUUCAGAAGGAGUUUGACGUACCCAACGGUGAUCUGCAGUGGCUCAUCUCGGCCUAUACACUCACCUUUGGUGGUUUCCUGCUCCUUUCGGGUGUGCUGGCAGACAGGUACGGAAGAAGACUCGCAUUUUGCACCGGAAUGCUUGUCCUCAGUGUGUGGACAUUGGCAAAUGCUCUUUCUACGUCUUUCAUCCAGGUGGCCAUCUUUCGCGCGCUGCAAGGUGUUGGGGCUGCUGUCACGGUACCAUCAGCCGUUGGCAUCAUCAGCAAUUACUUCGUCACACGCGAUCGCACGACCGCCUUGACAAUCUUUGCAGCAUCUGGAGCCGUCGGUUUCUGUCUGGGUCUUAUUUUUGGUGGCUUUCUCACUUCAUCACUUGGUUGGCGAUACAUAUUCUACAUUCCCAUGUGUGUUACAAGCUCGCUAGGCAUUCUCGGAUGGUUCGUUUUGCCCAAGGACAGAGUUGAUUCGCUGGCUCGACCGAAGCUCGAUUUCGCAGGAGCAGGCCUGUCUACUGCUGGUCUAAUCUUGCUGAGCUUUGUGUUGUCAAGUGGAGGCGAGUAUGGAUGGAGCAAGCCUUUCAUUAUUGUCUUGUUGGUUCUUAGCGUUUCCAUGAUUGCACUCUUUGCCUACGUCGAGAAAAAGGUGCCUAACCCUGUUAUGCCCCUGUCGCUGUGGAAGCUCGAGAACUUUGCCGCUUUGUGGAUUAGUGGUUUUGUUUCAUACGGUGGUUAUCAAACUGUCAUCUACUAUACGACACUUGUGGCGCAAGAAGUCAACCAUCUCAGCGCAGGCCAAACUGCCAUUCGAUUCCUACCAAUGGGCGCUACUGGUUUCGUCACAAGCCUUGCAAUGUCCAAGGUUGUAUCACGCUUCAAUACAAAAAGUCUCUUGGUCGUUGGAAUGGCAAUCUGCGCCGUCGCUCCAAUAUCAUCAGCCCUUAUCAAGGACGAGGACAAGGAUUUCUGGAAGCACGUAUUUCCAACCACUGUUAUUGGUGUGUUUGGCGUGACUAUAGUCUAUUGCACCAUUACAGUCGUUCUUUUGGAAUCUGUGCCGAACGGUGUCAAGUCGUUGUGCGGAGGCAUGAUCAACACAGCGUUCCAGAUCGGUAGCGGUGUAGGUCUUGCGCUUUCAAGUGCAGUUGUACAAGCCGUCGAGACAAGUAAGGGUCACGGUUUGCUUCAUCAGUACAGCACGGGCUUAUGGUGUUGUGUUGGUCUUGCUGGCGUAGGCAUGGUGGCUAGUCUCGUGGGAGUUAAGAACAUUGGCCGUCCACAGAAUAAUCUUGUUAUUGGACACUAA